GGAAAACAGGCGAAUCACCUGACAGUCACGAACACCAACGCGAACCAAGCGAGCAACAAGAACAUGAGGAACGAAAAAAACUCCCCGAACGGAGAGCCUAACGCGUUCGGGAGUUUGCAACAAAACGACACGAGGAAACGAAAACACAAGAAAAGGGAGAAUAAACCCAGACCGUUACGACGCCGUGGGACUGCGACCGUGGCACAAAG